GUUCUGCGUUGAGUUUCUUGUUGUGGAGAGUGUUUUAUCGGCAUUUUAAAUAAAAUGUAAACAGUUUUGUGUUUAUUGUGAUUGUAUUCGUUAACAAAGUGCGAUAAAAUGGCAAAACGGCUUACCGAAGAAAUGGUCAUUGCCAGGACAAAAAUAUCGGACUUGUCGAAAAUUAAACGGCUCAAUUGUUGGGGCAGUGAAUUGGGAGAUGUGUCUUUAUUAAGAAAAAUGCCAUGCGUUGAAGUUUUAUCUUUAAGUAUAAACAAAAUCAACACCCUGGUAGACGUGCAAUUUUGCAAAAGACUCGAAGAGCUAUACAUACGCCAAAAUGACAUAAGGGACCUAAACGAAGUAGUGUACUUACAAAACUUACCGAACCUCAAAAGCCUCUGGCUUGGGGAAAAUCCAUGCGCCAAUGUGGAAGGAUAUCGGAUGUCGGUGAUCAAGGCGUUGCCACAGCUGCAGAAAUUAGAUAACGUAGCUGUCACUCCCGAGGAAGUUAGGGAUUCACAGAAAAGGGGAAGGAGUUUAAGUCAUCCUGAAGACCCUCAGGAGAGCGAAGAGGAAUAUGUGGCGCCUCAACCCCAAUACAAUAACAGAUACCAAGAAUACUCUGAAUCGGAAUACAGCCCUUCGCAAAGAGUAUCGCCUAGACAAGAGACUACUACGACUGAGUACGAGCUAGAGGACAGUGAGGACAUCUAUCCGCGGGAGGAGGUAUCAGAGGAGGGCAGUAGGGAAAGUAGGGAGAACAGCCCUCCCCCAAGACAAGUUAGUCCGCCUAGGAGGGCGGAGCCAGUUCAAAGAAAUUACAGUCCAGAACCAUCAGAAUAUAAUAGAAGAAGAGACAGUUAUGAAAGAGAGAGUUCUCCAAAACAGAACCAAUACUAUGAGAAAACAGCAACAAAUUCAUUUGAAGAAUCUAACUCAUCUGAAAAUAAUGGUUUUCAUAGGGAGGUGAAGUUAGUUACAAGUCAGUCGGCCAAUUGCAUUAAGGAAUACACAAACGGGGACCGAUACGUCCCUUCGCACAACUUCAGGAAUUCUGCAGAUGACAGGAGCGAUGUGGCAUCACAGCCAGGACACGAAAAAAGAUGUCCUGCCGCAUUUCGACAUCCGUUUAAUCAAAGGCGGCCAGUCACAAGGAACUCGAACAUCCUCUCGGCGGUGCUCUGCCUGGUAAAAGAGCUGGACUAUCCGAGCCUGGAAGUAGUCGAAAUGGCCGUAAGAUGUCGCAUGGACGAGCUGGACGAAUGACGAAAAGUCGGCGGAGGCGGCGCCACGCAUGCGCACUACGACCAUCACCCGCCCCCCGCAGCACAACAAAACAACAUCGAAUAGCUUUAAACAUUCAGCCUGACUUACGUUUUGUUUACUUAAUUUUGUAGCUUUUUCACAGUGGGAUCCUUCAUCAAAUUCGACAUUUUUCGUUUUUACUUUUUUCAAAGAAACAUAUUCUUAUGAUUUUUUUUUAAUUUUCAUAAAAUUAAAUCAUGGAAUGGCGAAUUAUU